AUGCCUGCUCCAGGCGACCAACACACCUCAUGGGCAAACCCGUUCGAGGAGGCUAAACCGCGAGUUUCGGACUGGACAGCAAAAGAAAUCGCCACGAUCGCCUCGAAGCUUGACAAACAACUUGGGCCAGAAUACAUUUCUUCACGAUCAGGCCCUGGCGGCUCACGCGUGCACUACCUCACUGCCGAGAAAGUCAUUGGCUUAGCCAACGAGGUCUUCGGGUUCAACGGGUGGUCGUCCUCGAUACAAAACAUUCAAGUCGACUUUGCCGACGAGAACCCUCAAACCCAGCGUGUUAGUAUUGGCUUGUCUGUGAUUGUUCGCGUCACGUUGCGUGAUGGCACCUACCAUGAAGACAUCGGAUACGGCUCCAUAGAGAAUGCCAAGGGGAAGGCAAUGGCUUUUGAAAAGGCCAAGAAAGAAGGUACAACCGACGGACUGAAAAGGGCGCUCCGAAGUUUUGGCAAUGUUCUUGGCAACUGCAUCUACGAUACGGACUAUGUGAAACAAGUCACCAAGGUCAAAGCACAGCCUGUCAAAAAGUUUGACCAGGACAACCUCCACAGACAUUCGGAUUUUGUGAAGAAGGAUGCCACUAUGACUGGGGCGGCUGUGGCUACCAAGAGCGCAAUGGGACCAACUUCGCUCAAGGUGGAACCUACAGAGUCAUUUGAAGACUUCCUCGGUGAACUCGACGAGGCCGACUUCUGUGUUCCAGGAGAAGGCCACCCUGACGAAAUCGUUCUCGAUCUGCCUGCCCCAGUGCAGGCACAAGCACAACAACCAAAGCCGCCGUCCAACGAGCCCGGCAAUGCGCAAGCACAAGGAUCGCGACGUCCAAUGACAAGAGCAGUUUCAGGAGGUUCCGGACCAAAGGCACCGCAGACACCAAAUGCAGGUGGAAAUAUGCAGCCAAGCGCCAGUAGAGAUUCGCCGCAGAUGAACAAUAUGCCUGCACCCCUGAUGCCCCCUCCAGGAGGAGAAACAGCCAUGUUCUUCUCAGCCAGAUCAGUUGGUCGUACCGCUGAGGGCAAGGAACCAGGCAUGGCCAGCUCUCAGGCCUUCAAUCCUAAAGCUGACAGCCCAUCGAUCAGGAAAACGCCAGGUAUUGAUCACACAUCGUCGAAACCGGUGUCGAGAAGUGGGCAACAUGUCGCACCAGUGAGCAGUCAGUCGGGUGCGUCGUCGUCAAACGCUACUGGAUUUACCCCAGUUCGACCAGGAGGGCCAGCAACAAGAGGCAAUCUGGUCAACCCGUCUCUUGACCAAGCACGAAGGAUUGGAGCACCCAGCGGCCCGGGUAGUCCUCUUGCCAAUAGAGGAAGUUACAAGCCGCCCACGAUGAAAAGACCCCUACCUGGGGAGGCAGGGUCGACGAGAGCCCCGCUGGUUGAUCUACCGGCUAAUACUGCCGCUCAAGGAAAUGUGGCCAAUGUGACAACUGCGUCUGGGGACGGACUCGAUGCGAAAAGGCAGAAGACGGGUUAA